AGUUGUGUUUAGUUUUGCGCAUAUAAUAUGAUUGAAUUUAAAGCAUUAAAUUUGAUAGUGGACUCAACUGCGGACACAACGAGUGGUCAAUCGGUGACAUCGACGGUAUAAGUCACGCGACCAGACGUAUGGGAUAUGUUUGCAGUGAUUAUCCCCCAAAAAAAUCGCCGCUAUUUUAAUCGCUUGUUAUAAACAUUUAAUUAAUUUUUAAUUAAUUUAAUUGUCAUCACAUCCCGUGCGGUGACAAUGGCUUCGGCGGUCAUCGAGAUGUCGGCCGACCAGUUGACACAAAUGAAUACCUAUCGGUCGUAUGUAUCGCUUCUGUUGGAUCCAAACGCCAGAGAAGAGAACAAACUGAAGGCCGUUCAAGAAUUGAGCGAAGACUUGGAGACAAUAGUGUCUUCACCACAAUAUCCUCAAUUCUUGGAUCACGCAAUGAAUGUAUUCAUCAAAUUACUACUGGAAGGCGAACCACAUUUUAUUGCCGAACAAAAUGGACAACAAUUGCGUAAACUAUUACUUGAAAUAAUCCAUAGAUUGCCGGUUAAUGAGGCGUUGAAGACACACCAGAAAAAUAUUACUUCACUUAUGUUCAAACUAUUAGAGAGUGAAAACGAAGAGAAURUAUUGGUCUGUCUGAGGAUUAUCAUUGAACUCCACAAACAAUAUCGACCGCCAUUUAGCGAUGAGAUCAAGAAUUUUCUGCAAUCAGUGAAAAAGAUUUAUCAGGAUUUGCCGUCUAAUUUGAAUAAGAUUUUUGAGCCAAAACCUGUCAUUAAAGUGUCGGAUAUGUCUGAACUAAACAUUGAUGCCCUACUAAGCGAGACAUUCACUAUAACAAACAUACAAACCGGUGUCAAUGCAGACAAUUCAGUUCAAUCAAUAAAUCUUAUUCCUAAAGCUAUUCUAUCGCUCAAAGUGUUGGCGGAAUUGCCUAUAAUAGUGGUGCUUAUGUAUCAACUUUAUAAAAACAAUGUCCACCAAGACGUGGCUGAGUUUAUACCAUUGAUAAUGUGUACCAUUUCAAUGCAACCACAACCACACCAAAGAAUGAAUCCCGCGUUCAAUAAAGAGGUUUAUGUGGACUUUAUGGCCGCACAAAUCAAGACAUUAUCGUUUUUAGCAUAUAUUGUCCGCAUAUAUCAGGAUCACGUAAAGGCUCAUUCAGCACAACUGGCUAAUGGAAUGUUAGGUUUAUUGACAUUCUGUCCCCAAGAAGUGGCACAUUUGAGAAAAGAGCUUCUCAUUGCUGCCCGACAUAUAUUGGCCACUGAAUUAAGAAUAAAUUUUGUCGGACAUAUCGAAAAAUUAUUUGAAGAAAAUGUUUUAAUUGGCAACGGAUGGACUGCUUAUGACUCGUUAAGACCACUGGCCUAUAGCACAGUCGCUGAUUUAGUUCAUCACAUAAGAAAUAUGUUACCACUGAAAGACUUGGCCGCUGCGGUCAAUGUAUUCUCAAAGAAUGUUCACGACGAGUCACUUCCGACAUCAAUUCAAACCAUGUCUUGCAAACUGUUACUCAAUUUAGUUGAAUGUAUUCGCAUUAAGUCGGAACAGGAGAAUACCAACGCCAGAGAACUACUCAUGAGAAUGCUUGAGGUGUUUGUUAUUAAAUUCAAAAACAUAGCGACACAACAACUACCGUCUCUUACAGCUAAAUCCAAACCAAAUAUUGUAACCACUAGUACUGGUGGUACUACACAAUCAUUGACAUCAUCCUUAAUUGAGACGAAUAAAUUUGAAGACGUAAAGUUUGCCAUAGGAUUUCCCUCUACUAUUGGAGAGGCGGCGAGUAAAGAGGAUAAACCAAAGUUUGGUUUCCCGACACCACCAGCUGUUAACUAUUCAGUAACUGAUUGUCGAAGUCUUGUUAAAACACUAGUUUGCGGCGUUAAGACCAUUACAUGGGGAAUACCAUCCAUUAAGUUUGCUAACGAACCUAUUCAACCAAACGCUCAAAAUAUCAGACAAUUUCAACCAAAAGAAAUAAUUGUUUUCAUACGACUGGUUAAGUAUGCAAUGCAAGCACUCGAUAUAUAUUCAUUGACCGGAACCACUACUCCCAGUACUGUUCCAAAUGCUGGCAUAAAUCAGCCAAAUAUGAGACCACCAGUUAUGCAAACCGUUCGAUCGAAAGAAGAAAAGGAAGUUUUGGAACACUUCGCCGGUGUCUUCACUACAAUGAGUCCGCAAACAUUUCACGAAGUUUUUUCGACUACCAUUGACUAUGUAGUCGAGCGAAUUAACUCGAAUUACGCUUUGCAAAUAGUGGCCAAUAGUUUUCUGGCCAAUCCUCAAACAUCGCCAAUAUUUGCUACAAUUCUUGUCGAAUAUUUAUUGGAAAGAAUGGAAGAGAUGGGAUCUAAUGUUGAAAAAUCUAAUCUUUAUUUGAAACUCUUUAAGCUUGUGUUUGGUUCAGUGUCACUGUUUGCCGCUGAAAAUGAACAGAUGCUUAAACCUCAUUUGCAUUCAAUUGUUAACCGAUCGAUGGAAUUGGCACUUACAGCCAAAGAACCAUAUAAUUACUUUCUACUACUCAGAGCAUUAUUUCGGUCAAUCGGUGGCGGUAGCCAUGACUUACUCUAUCAAGAAUUUUUGCCUUUACUUCCAAGUCUACUUCAGGGACUUAAUAGUCUUCAAAGCGGUCUUCAUAAGCAACAUAUGAAAGAUUUAUUUGUUGAACUUUGUUUAACAGUUCCAGUAAGACUCAGCAGUUUACUACCAUAUUUACCAAUGUUAAUGGACCCAUUAGUAUCAGCACUGAACGGAUCUCAAACGUUGGUCAGUCAAGGUUUACGAACACUUGAGCUCUGUGUCGAUAAUCUUCAGCCAGACUUUCUUUACGAACACAUACAACCCGUUAGGGCUGAACUUAUGCAAGCCUUAUGGCGAACACUUCGUAAUCCGGCUGACAAUAUAGCACAGGUAUCAUUCAGAGUGUUAGGCAAGUUUGGUGGCGGCAACAGAAAAAUGAUGACUGAACCACAAAAGUUAGAAUAUGUGGAAAAUAAAGAGAACUUCAAUACGAGUGGAUCAACUAUUAUUGUUCAAUAUCAAGAUCACCGAACGGCCAUUAAUUUACCGAUUGAUAGAGUCAUCGAAACGGCAUUUAAUGCGCUAAAGUCGUCGAGCACUGACCCGUUUUAUCGGAAACAGUGUUGGGAAGUCAUUAAAGGUUUUCUCGCCGCUCACAUCCAACAACAGGCCGAAGAAGAAAAAUAUCGUAUUCAACACUUUUUUAGUCAUCAAAGUUUCACUUUAUCGGACAUCACCCCAAUUCAGGGCCCGUUCUAUAAGUGUACGGAUAAUGAGUUAAGAAAAGUUCACGAAAUGGCACUGACGGGUAUGUUUGUGGCCGUUGCCAUCAAAGAAUUGCGACAAAUGGUACUUCCAUUUAUGGUAUCAGUUGUGCGACACUACACUUUAGUAGCCAUUAGUCAACAAUGCGGACCAAUCAAUUUGGGCGGACGUCAGCAUAGACUUCAAGGUAUGGAUCCAUUAGUUUUUAUUGACGCCGUGGCUGCUAUUAUGGGCCACGAAGAGAAGGAACUGUGUAAACCCGGUCAUUGGGCGCUCAUAUUUAUUUUGGAUACAGCCGUUGCUGUUCUCGGCAAUAAAGAGAGGGCCUGUCAGUUACCAUUAUGCGAGUAUUUAGUUGAACGUAUGUGCUCCCUGUGCUACGAUAGGGCCUGGUAUGCAAAAUUAGGUGGUUGUAUUGCCAUCAAGUUUUUGUUUGAAAAAAUGACACUCAAAUGGGUUUUCGCUCAUCAAUACGUUCUAUUGAAAGCACUGUUGUUUGUUAUGAUGGAUUUGACCGGUGAAGUAUCGUCCGGUGCCGUAGAUAUGGCCAAAUCAAAUCUUGAGAAAAUGUUGACUUAUUGUGGAACUCCCAUUCAAUCGGACGGUACAAAUACCGAUCUCAUUGAAGCCCAACGCAAAUCACUUCACGAAGUGACACAAGAAUUGGUUCGUCAGGUGACGUCACCGAAUACCUGUGUCAGAGAACAGGCCAUACAUUCUUUAAAAGUGUUGGCUAAAGUCAAUGAAAAAAAUGUUACGGAAAUAAUGGAACCGCAUAGAGACAUAUUGGCUGAUAUGAUACCACCGAAAAAGCAUCUCUUAAGACACCAACCGGUCAACGCACAGAUUGGUCUUAUGGAUGGCAACACAUUUUGUACAACACUUGAGCCACGAUUGUUCACUAUUGAUAUCAGUAUUCAAGAACACAAAGUAUUCUUCUCUGAACUGUUCCAAUUGUGCGACUUAGAGGACGCACAGCUUCUUAAAUAUCCCUGUUAUAAGAAUGUGACAAAUUUGGUGCCAUUGAGAAAGUCAGCGCUAAGAGCACUGUCUGCCUGUCAUUAUAUCAUACAAAUGAAAGAAAAAAUAUUUGCAGUACUUAUGAAAGCAUUGAACGCCAAAGACACUGAUUUACAGCGUACGGGCUUUGAAUGUAUGAAGAGUUUCAUCAGUCGUGUCCCUAUUGAACAAGAGAUUCUCACUCAGAAUCUGAGACCACAUUUAGUCACUUUGGGUGACUUCAGAGCUCUAAACUUGAAUGUCAUUCAAAAGAUUUCAUUUAUGACACAACUAUUUCCCCAUAUAUUCAAUGAGAAACUUUGUGACCAAAUGAUUGCCCAUUUGAAACAAUGGGCCGAAGCAGCCAUUCGUGCUCAACGAAGUGGCCAAAAGAAUGUCGAAGAAUUGAAAAUAUGCGCCGCUAUUAUUGGUCUCUUUCAUGAGAUAUCUUCGGCAAGUUCUAAAUUUGUGGAACAGCUAUUAAUUUGUGUUUUCAAAACCGAAAAAGCAAUUAUGAUUGAACCGGGAAGUAAACUUCGGGAACCAUUACGCAAAUUCUUGCAACGAUAUCCCGAACAGACCAUUGAUUUGUUAUUUAUUGAGCGCAAUAUGUAUGAAAACCAGAUCUUCAGAUUUGUUAAGUUUUUAUUGAAAGGCCCCGAAGGACUUUUAUUUAGACAGAUUGUCGGUCAGAAUUCAAACAAACUAAUAAAGAUGGCCAAAGCACCAGUAGUUAUACAGGAAAGAGUUCCGGUACCACCAUCACCACAGCCACAGCCGUCACCUCAACCAUCACAAUCACCUCAGGCCGGACCUGAAAGCGCUGCCACACCACCAGUGGCUGUAUCUCCAUCACCACAACAAACUAAAACCAUUAAUGUUACUUAUGGUCUGCAAUUUCAUGCCAUUUCUAUUACAACAAUUUUGGUCAAACAUGACGAACAAUGGUUGGCCGGACAGCGAGAACUUAUGAAUACUAUUAAACAAGUUUGGAGUAGCGAUGCUUUUCAUAAGAAAUAUGUUAACACUGAUUGUUCUGAUUAUGUCCAUUGGAAAGAACCGAAAUUAUUGGCCAAAUGUUUACUAAAUUAUUUCCAACAAAACCCCAGCGAUAUUGAACUAAUUUUCCAAUUGUUGAGGGCUUUUAUGGGCAGAUAUUUAUGUGAUUUUGAAUUUUUAAGAGAUUUCUUAGAGAAUACAGUCGCCAAUAAUUAUACUAUUGAAUGGAAGAGACAGGCAUUCUUCAAGUUUGUUGAAAUCUUUCACAAUAAGGCCUAUCCUCAGGAACUUAAGGCAAAAGUACUUCAAUAUAUUAUCGUUCCUGCCUUUAGCAUAUCAUUUGAGAGGGGAGAGGGCGAGAAACUGAUCGGAGGACCACCAGCUCCUGAACAUGACAAUCAUGACAACCUAAUCAGUGUUUUCAUCAAUCAGGUCAUCGAUCCGGAAAAUCCAUUCGGAAUGUCGGACUCGGUUCGCAUACUUUUACUUCAAUUUUCAUGUUUAUUAGUAGAACAGGCGUCACCUCAUAUUCAUGACGCGGCCAACAAACGGCAGGGAAAUAAGUUGCGCCGAUUGAUGACAUUUGCGUGGCCGUGUUUGUUGGCCAAAAAUUGUGUCGACCCGGCCACUAAAUAUCACGGACACUUACUAUUGGCCCAUAUUAUUGCCAAAUUUGCAAUUCACAAACGUAUUGUUCUUCAAGUGUUUCAUAGUUUACUUAAAGCAUAUGCUGUCGAAGCGCGUACUGUUGUCCGCCAGGCCUUAGAAAUACUGACGCCAGCAAUGCCUCAGCGUAUGGAAGACGGAAACAUUAUGUUAACUCAUUGGACCAAAAAGAUCAUCGUUGAAGAGGGACAUACAUUGGCCCAAUUGGUACAUAUGUUGCAGCUAUUGGUACGACACUACAAAGUGUAUUAUCCCGUUCGUCACCACCUCAUCCAACAUAUGGUAACAUCAGUACAACGUUUAGGAUUUACUCCGAACGCAACUAUUGAACACAAGAAAAUUGCCGUUGAUCUCGUGGAAGUCAUAAUUCGCUGGGAAUUUACUCGAAUACGCGAAGAACAAGACCAUCAAACAAGUGGUUCUCCGAUGGCAGUGGACAGUCCAUCAACGGCUGCUCAAAGAGCUCUACGACAGCCACCAUUACCAUCAGUACCGGGUAUUCGACCGAUGCCUGCCGACAGCAAUAAGCCUAUCGAGAAAAUACAUUCCGACGCUGUCGUAAACUUUUUACUUCGACUGGCCUGUCAUGUGAACGAAACUUCUACUACAGUCGGUUCCAAUGGUGAACUCUUAUCUCGUCGAUGUGUUUCACUUUUGAAGAAUGCUCUCAAACCAGAAGUUUGGCCCAACGCUGACCUAAGACUUCAGUGGUUCGACAAACUAUUAGCGACUGUAGAACAACAACAACCAAAUUAUGGAAAUAUCUGUACAGCACUUGAAUUGUUAUGCUUUUUGUUAACUAUUCUUCGCAAAGAAGCUGUUUUGACAAGUUUUAAGCCAUUGCAGAGAGGAAUCGCUUUGUGUAUGACUUGUAAUAAUUCAAAAGUCAUACGUUCCGUACAUAAUCUAUUGUCGCGCUUAAUGAAUAUGUUUCCGCCGGAACCGACCACUUCAACAGUUGCCUCGAGACACGAUGAGUUGGACUCAUUGUAUCAAUCAGUGAACAAAAUAAUUCACGACGGACUCAAUAAUUAUGAAAAAAGUACUAACGCUUCUCCAUCGACACUGUUUAGUACAUUAAUGAUACUGAAAGCUGCCUGUCUUAACAAUCCCUGUUAUAUCGAUCGACUAAUUACACCAUUUAUGCGUGUCCUGCAAAAGAUGUCCCGCGACCACAUUCAACCACCGAACCCGACCGAACUCAACACACCGAUGGGCACCGAAUUGCUUAUAUUGAGUCUCGAUUUGGUUAAGAAUCGUAUUGGAGUUAUGGGUCAAGAAAUGAGAAAAUCAUUUAUUCAGAACAUACUCGUCAGCCUUAUUGAGAAAUCCAGUGAUUCUAAAGUUAUGAAAGCUAUUACCAAAAUGGUUGAGGACUGGGUUAAGAAUAAGGGCCCGUUUGGUGCAAAUCAGGCACCAAUACUAAGAGAAAAGGCUAUACUUUUGGUGCGAAUGAUGCAAAAUAUUGAAAAAAGAUUUCCCGAUGAUCUCGAACUGAACGCACUGUUUCUCGAACUAAUCAAUUAUGUAUACAGAGAGGAAAGUCUCAAAAAUAGUGAUCUGACGCCUAAACUGGAACCGGCAUUCAUGGCUGGUCUUCGCUGUGUUCAACCCCAUAUUAGGGCCAAAUUUUUUGAAGUUUAUAACGCAUCCAUGAGAUCCAGACUUCACGAACGGCUAAUGUAUAUCGUUUGCUCUCAAAAUUGGGAGACUAUUGGACAACAUUUUUGGAUCAAACAAUGCCUCGAACUACUGAUGGUUACAGCAGUAUCAUCGAUGUCAAUACAAUCAGCCAAUCCAUCAGCAAUGUUACCAUCGGUGAUGUCUGUUAUAAGUUUAGGCGACUCGCAUGAAAAAGCCUCGUUUGCCAAUCUAUCACAAGAACCUAUAGAAAUGGAUGUCUCUCCGCCUGAUAAAGAGGACGAAGAUAUGGUCGAUAUCGAACUUAAUGGUAGCGAAGAAGCRCGUGGAUCAGCACUUAAUGAUCCGCUAACUACUAGUGUAUUGGCCGCUGGCGGUGUACGCCGUCCAUCCACUCCAUUAGAUCCGAAACAACAUUUACAAUCAAUUUUGUUGAGACAAACAAAAUUUUUGGACAGUUUACGUGAAACUCGUGUCUAUGCAUUCCUAAUGUCAAUGUCACAACUGUGUCAUAUGGAUACACCACUCGCACAACACAUUUGGAUUCAACUGUUUCCGCGAACUUUUAAAAUAUUAAGCGAAAGGCAACAAAAUUUACUGACACUCGAAAUUGUACCGUUUCUGUGCUCCGGUAGUCAUGUAGUCCAAAAAGACAACCACCCCAGUGCUAUUGGAACCUUUAUGGAAGCCGUAGCUCUUUGCUCUCCAGCCAUAACAAUCAGACCCUGUUUGCUCAGGUAUUUGGGAAAAUCGCAUAAUCUAUGGCAUAGAGCAGCACUGCUUCUGGAGAAUGCUUUCGAUAAGGCCGGUGCUCUGAAUGCGUUGAAUGCACAGACACCACAACCAAAGAUAACUCGAGCCACAAAUAAUGCCGAAUAUGACGAAUCCAUWUCAGUGCCCGCAUUGACACAAACACAAGAAGCGUUAGACUCUUUGGCUGAUAUUUAUGAGCUCUUGAAAGAAGAAGAUCUUUGGUCUGGACUUUGGCAGAAAAGAGCUAAAUAUAGUGAAACAUUAAUUGCGAUAUCUUUUGAACAACAGGGAUAUUUCGAGCAAAGUCAGGGCGCAUAUGAAUUAGCUAUGACUAAAGCGCGCAAUGAUUACAAUACAACAGCGGCUCCCGUCUCACUUCAAGGAGAGUACCGUCUUUGGGAAAGACAUUGGAUUCGCUGCUCCAAAGAACUCAAUCAAUGGGAUCUGCUUUUAGACUACGGAAACUCAAAGGGUUGUGCCAAUCCUUUGCUUGUAUUGGAGAGCGCUUGGAGAGUACCGAAUUGGCCACUGAUGAAAGACUCUCUGUUUCAAGUUGAAGCCAACUGUCCCAAAGAGAUGACUUGGAAAGUGGCUCUUUAUAAAGGAUAUAAUGCUAUUUGUAAUUCUGAAGAUCAUAGUUUGGCAACAGUUGACAAAAUGGUUGAUUUGUCGACAACAAUGUGUAUUAAAGAGUGGCGUCGUUUGCCACAUAUCGUCUCUCAGGUACACAUUGUUCUCCUACAGGCAGCCCAACAGAUAAUGGAGUUGCAAGAAGCCGGACAAAUACAUCAGGGAUUGCUUCCCAAUAACUUAGGUCGCAGUACUAGUCUUCAUGACAUGAAAGCUAUUGUUAAGACGUGGCGCAAUCGACUUCCAGUGCUCGCUGAUGAUCUGAACCAUUGGUCCGACAUAUUUACGUGGAGACAACAUCACUAUCAAGCGAUUGUCACACAUUACGACACCAAUAAUAGUAUUACAAACGCUGUCAACGCUACGGCUCAGGCGGUGACCAAUGCUUUGAAUGUCAGUCCUCAGAGCGAUCAACAGGCUUCACAAGCGAUGCUUGGAGUGCACGCCUCGGCCCAGUCUAUCAUACAUUACGGAAAAAUAGCCCGAAAACACAAUUUAAUUAGCGUUUGUCUCGAUUCACUCAAUAGGAUACAUACCAUUCCGUCCGUUCCCAUAGUAGACUGUUUUCAAAAAAUCAGACAACAAGUGAAAUGUUACUUACAAUUAUCUAAUACAAUGGGCAAGAAUGAGCUCCAGGAGGGCCUAGAAGUGAUAGAAUCAACAAAUUUGAAGUAUUUCGCCAAAGAGAUGACCGCAGAAUUCUAUGCACUCAAAGGUAUGUUUUUAGCACAAAUUGGUAGAUCAGAUGAGGCGAACAAAGCGUUUAGCGCUGCCGCACAACUUCACGACACACUUGUCAAAGCGUGGGCUCUUUGGGGCGAUUAUCUCGAUUCGAUGUUUACGCGCGACCGAUGGGACAGUCGWCAAAUGGAUAUCGGAGUGUCGGCUCUAACUUGUUAUCUUCACGCGUGUCGUCACCAAAACGAGAGCAAAGCGCGCAAAUACUUGGCUAAAGUGUUGUGGCUCUUGUGUUACGACGACGAAAAGUUCUCGUUGGCCGAAGCCGUUGACAAAUACAAUAUCGGUGUUCCGCCAAACAGUUGGCUGCCGUGGAUUCCACAGCUGAUGACAUGUCUGGUCAGAAAUGAGGGCAAACUUAUUAUGAAUAUUGUUUCACAAGUCGGCCGAGUAUUUCCACAAGCGGUCUAUUUUCCCAUCAGAACUCUAUAUCUAACCCUCAAAAUGGAACAAAGAGAGAAACUUAAGACAUUAGCUUUGAUUGCCGCCCAAAACGCUGCGGCAGCCGCUUCUACAUCAACGACACAAAUUAACAAACCACCCGUUUCUAUGCCUUCUACUCCAACAACUGCUGAUACGCCAACUAAUGAAGGACUAAAACAAUUACAACCACAACAACAACAACCACAACCAACAGUUCCUGAUCCGCAAUAUAGAGCAACUCAACCCAUGUGGAGAUGCUCUCGUAUAAUGCAUAUGCAACGAGAUCUGCACCCAACCAUACUAUCAUCACUAGAAGGAAUAGUUGAUCAAAUGGUUUGGUUUCGCGAGAAUUGGUAUGAAGAGGUUUUACGACAGUUACGUCAAGCACUGGCCAAAUGUUAUGCCGUGGCGUUUGAUUGUAGGAACAAUGUGGCUGAAGCUUCGGUUACACCAAAUACACUAAACUUUGUGAAGAAACUCGUGUCAACGUUUGGUAUUGGCAUAGAAAACGUGUCCAGUUCUCAGUCGGCACCCAAUACUACGGCCGUUUCAGAAUCACUGGCAAAGAGAGCUCAGGCGACACAACAGGACCCGGUUUUCCAAAAAAUGAAGGGACAGUUUACCACUGAUUUCGAUUUCAAUUCUCCGGGAUCUAUGAAAUUACAUAACUUAAUCACCAAACUUAAGAAAUGGAUCAAAAUAUUAGAAGCAAAAACCAAAUUAUUGCCAAAAUCGAUGUUAAUCGAAGAAAAAUGUAAAAUAUUGAGUAAUUUUUCACAACAAACGGCUGAUGUGGAACUUCCCGGAGAGUUUCUGUUACCAAAACAAAGCAAUUAUUACGUUCGAAUCGCCCGAUUUAUGCCCAGAGUUGAGAUCGUCAGCAAACAUAAUACCGCUGCCCGAAGAUUAUAUAUUCGCGGACACAACGGAAAGAUAUAUCCGUAUCUUGUUGUCAACGACUCGUGUCUUAGCGAUGCUCGACGUGAGGAACGUGUGCUUCAAUUACAGAGAUUGCUUAACCAUUAUUUGGGAAAACAAAAAGAAACCGCCAAACGAUUCCUGCAUUUCACGGUUCCCCGAGUGGUUGCCGUUAGUCCACAGAUGCGGUUAGUCGAAGAUAACAACAGUUCAAUCUCGUUGUUAGACAUCUAUAAACAGAGAAACGCUAAGCGAAAUAUAGAACCCGACGCACCCAUCGCUAAGUUUUAUGACCGACUGGCCAGCGUUCAGGCCCGAGGAUCGGCUGCUAGUCAUCAAGUGUUACGUGAUAUUCUCAAAGACAUUCAGACAAAUAUGGUACCAAACAAUUUAAUUAAAGAGUGGGCCAUUCAGACUUUCCCGUCGGCUACCGAUUGGUGGACCUUUAGAAAACAGUUUACACUCCAACUGGCUUUGGCUUCAUUUGCCGAAUAUGUUCUGCAUUUGACUCGACUUAAUCCAGAUAUGAUGUACAUUCAUCAGGACAGUGGGCUCAUGAAUAUAGCUUACUAUCGAUUCGACAUCGACGACAGCACUGGCGAAUUGGACGGCAAUAGACCGGUUCCAUUCAGACUAACUCAUAAUAUAUCAGAAUUGAUAUCAUGGAUCGGAAUGUCGGGUCCAUUGACCGCUUCAAUGAUAGCAUCGGCCCGUUGUCUAGUAAUGCCUAACUUUAAAGUUCAAUCUAUAUUGCGAGCCAUACUCAGGGAUGAGAUAAUGAUGUGGCAUAAAAAGACACAAGAAGAUGUGACGGCAUCGAACCCGUCGGGAGAGAUGGUAGUGGACGGCGAGAUACUUAUCAAUGGUGUCAACAAAGCGGUCACUGCUAUUAUGUCACGACUUCAAAAUUUAACAGUAUUCGAGGGCACCGAAAGCAAAGUGGCCACUCUGGUAGCGGCCGCUAACUCGCACGACAAUCUGUGCCGUAUGGACCCCGCGUGGCACCCGUGGCUCUAAAAAUUGCAUGCAUUAACUAUUUUUUCAAAACAAUUACAAUAAUUGUAUUAUAAUCAUC